CUAUGCGCAGGCGCACUGGUCGCGCGACAGACAGUGUGUUUCCAAAAUGGCGGCAGCGAUGGAUGUGGAUACCCCCAGCGGCACCAACAGCGGCGCGGGCAAGAAGCGCUUUGAAGUUAAAAAGUGGAAUGCAGUAGCCCUCUGGGCCUGGGACAUUGUGGUUGAUAACUGUGCCAUCUGCAGGAACCACAUUAUGGAUCUUUGCAUCGAAUGUCAGGCCAACCAGGCAUCAGCUACUUCCGAAGAGUGUACGGUUGCAUGGGGAGUCUGUAACCAUGCUUUUCAUUUCCACUGCAUCUCUCGAUGGCUCAAAACGAGGCAGGUGUGUCCGCUAGACAACAGAGAGUGGGAAUUCCAAAAGUAUGGGCAUUAAGAAAGACUCUCCCGUAAAGUGUACCCAUUUGUUACUCGUUUAGUGACUUCCUGUUAAUUAUAAAUUAGAUAGAACCAUGGUUCUUUUUCUUUCCUUUAUCUUUGGAGUUCGGUGUUCCCGCAGCCAUAUUGUAUUUUGUGUCAAAUAAAGCCUUUAAGUUGGAGGUGAUUGCCGUUUCGUGUAUGUGGAAAGAGUGAUCUGAGAAGGAGCCUCUUCAGAGCCAGGAAGCCAGCCUCACAAAGUUCACUGUUGUUGAGGAGAACACACUUGUCCUGUGGGUUCAUCUUCACAGGGUCACAAGGAACCUGUUAAAGCCUGGAAGUGCAGAUCACUGGCACCUGGAAACACCUCAGGCUCUGUCUUCCUUCUGAGGUAGCACCAGUCAGGAAUGAGGAAGGACAUGGCAGCCGUGGAGCAGCCAGGUCUGCUCUGGGCUUUCAUCUGAGGGAGUGGCAUAAGUGGACACAGAAAGGCUUUGUAAGUUCUAAACACUACAGGGGAGUGCUGAUUGUGAGUGACCUGGCAUCUCUAGAACAAAAUUUGACAAAAAAACAUACUCUGUAAUCUUGACUGGCAACAUAGUGAUCUUAAAGUCUACUUGAAAACUGAUGAUGGACAGUUUGGUACCUGGGAAUUAGGUAGAAGGAUCCUUCGAAUCCAGGAGACCUUGUUUCUAAAACAAAUUGUAGUUUGGAGUCUAGGGGGCGCUGUAGCUCAUCUGUAAGGCCUUGAGUUCAAUUUGCUGGCAUAAAUUUAAAAAAAAAAAAAGUUGAAAUUGAAUUAACAAGAGCUCAAGUUUCCUUUAAACCUGCUGGCCAGGGAAGGAGCGGCCAUCCUUGUGCUGAUUCUGUCUGUGGCUGUAGUCUACUGAGAUACCCUUUCUGCUGCUGUGGUUCUCAUGUAGUUAACGAUCCUACAAAGGUUCUGAAUUCCUUCAGGGGGGUUUUCCUUUUUCCGCUGCCACUCCAGGUGAAAGCAAUGGCCAGAUAAAGCCCGUCUGAGACUACAACUGUCUUCUGUUGUCAGAAAAAGGUUGAAAAAAAAUGUGAAAUAAUGCUGUCAUUAUUCUUGUUUUCAAAGUUAAUUUUAAUAAAGAUAUUUAUGUUAA